GCUGCCACCAGUACCGCGCCAUCGCUCGGCCCGUCACCUCUUCUCGACCCCGUUCAGUGACCGACCGCGUCAGCAUUGACAACCGCGUUUCGGAGUGCGUCUCUAGUGAUGAAAAUGUGAUGUGAAAGUGUCCCGUGGCCCAUCGAGGAUUUCUUUUUAUCGAUCCGGGAUUAACACGUACGAGAAAGGUGGCGGGUGUGAUAUGGAGAAGGAGAAUGCCUCGGCUCCUGCAGAGAGAGACAAAGACCGACCAGCACCCAACCUACUCGACGCAGCUUCGUUAUUCGGUGGAGCUUCUUUCUGGCCUAGGGCUGAAGGUAGCAAUGCAGCAUCUAACACAAACUCUCUGUUCGGCGCGUACACUGGGGCGUACGGUGGACUCCUGGGCCGGCCUGGAACCCCGGCAACCGGUGGCUACGGGGGCGCCAACCCUUACGGCACCCUCAGCGUAGCCGCAUCGCAAGCCGCCAACCUGGGCAUCAACCCUGCCAGUGCCGCCUGGUGGAGUAUGGCCUCUCAGCUAGCUGCUCACGACUACCUCGCUUCUUUGCAGUUCGCUGGACUCACCCCCAACAUGAUUCCUCCGUAUCCUAUGAUAUCGACUCCGCCUCAUCUGAGUGGGAGCAAGACUAACCACUCAAAGUCAUCAUCCUCUUCUUCAACGCCGCCUUCGGUACCGACUGGCUCACUUCCGCCUACAACGGCAUCAGGUGAUGGCCUUUUGGGCGUGAGACUGCCCCCUGACACGGAAAUAAUUAAAUACACAUCGUCCAUGAUCGGGCCCAAGGUUCCUGGGACGACGAACCGAGGCAGGAAGAAGACGAUAUCAUUAGACGUGCCCAACAUGGGCCACCACUCACAAAAAUCCAAAAAUUCAAAACCAUUUGUCGGCUUGGAUCUGAGUGGUAAAAGCAAGGAGUCUGCUUCAUUGGAAGACUCUUUUUACAGAUAUGGAAUGGAGAUGUCUGAGCGAGCUGAACUGAUUAAAUUGGGCCAGACAAAUGGGAGAUCGUCGCCCUUGUCCCAGACGGACGACGGUCCUCUAAACUUGUCAUUGAAGCCAGACACACCGACUAACCACAACAACAACAAUUCUGCCCUCCAGUCGUUAUCAGCCCUUUCGCAGAACCUGGGCCAGUCUGACAGAGUCGAUCGGAGAAAGCCUGGGCCCAAACCUAGGCGAGUCCCGCCUUUCACGGCGUCUGAGUCUUCACAUCCUUCCAGCGGCAGUGAGGAAAACGAUGCCUCUGUUCCUCACAAGGAUGGGCGGCCAAGAAACCUAGGAAGAGGCGUUUCAAAACCAAAGAAAAACACAGUCGCCUCUCUCCUUGCUCAGAGCAGGGCGCUCGGCCUCAAACCUGGGUUGGAAAUCAGCCAGCUCGCCGCUUUGGCCAAAUCCGCCUCAAAUUAUGAUAAAGACAAGGAUGAAAGCAAUGUCUCCGGGUCUCCCAAUUCACUCCAGGACCAUCUUCUUGGCAAAGACCACCCGCUUUUGUUAUUGUACGGUUUGCAGAACUUCAGCAGGGGCUUCGAAGACCACAAGCAAAUGAGCACUGAUGGAAUGUCAGAAGACAGCCACUCUGAUCUUUCAGAAACUAGCUCUGAGAGCGAAGGUGAAAGAAAAAGAGAUAGGGAUAAUAUGUCCAAUGAUGGAGGACCUGGUGGAAAGCGGCGGAAGGUUGUGAUAGAUGAAAUGAAACUGCGUGAAGCCCUGGAGAAGGGCUGGAAAAGGGAGACAUACAUAACAAGCGUGGGGCGAGCGGGUGUAAAAGGGGAAGUCGUCUACACUUCGCCCUGCGGAAGAACAUUCCGCCAUUUCAGUGACCUAGUCCGAUUUCUAGAGAAGCAGGGAUCAGAACUUACGAGGGAACACUUUUCAUUCAGUUGCCGAAUCCUGCUCGGUGAUUACAUCGAAUCUGGCCAAGGAAGCAAGGAGCCGGUGCGUCUGAAUGAAGAGACCCUUGCGCUCAAGCUUCAAGAACUAGUAGCGCAGCACAGCCUUUAUUUGUACACCAGGGCCGCUCUGGACCAGAAUAAACAAGAGCGAGACCGAAUGGCAUUCGCCGCCAAAGAAGCAAAACGCCUCGCACGAGAAGAAGCUGCCAAACAAAAAGAGCAUUUACGACUGCUGAAAGAACAAGAACGAUCAGAAAGACAGGAGCAGGCGAGGAAAGAAAGAGAGCAAAGGAGCCAGCAGUUGCUUGAGGGUCGAAAGAGACUAGCUUUCACAAGUGAAGAAAAAUGGAGAAUUAUUAGGGAGAUUGAGUCGGGGAAAAGCAAAUCCGACGUUAGCAGAGAGUUGGGUCUGGCCAACUCGACGGUGGCUACGAUUUGGAAACAAAGAGGCAAUGUGAUGCCAACCCCUGGAGCCAGCCCGGCUCGCAAGAAAAAACAAGAGGAGCUGGAAAGACAAAGGUUAGAGGGGCAACAGCGCAAGCAACAAGAAAGGGAACUGAAGAGGCAACAGGCUGCAAUUAUAAAAGAACAGAUGUAUAUGCAAGAACUCAGCAAGCAGAGGGAGAUACUGUACACAGUAGAGUUGGAGAGGGAAAGAAGAAGGCAGCAUAUGGGUUUGGUAAAAGCUUUAGAGAUCAGGAAAAGGAUGGAAGAAAGAGAGAAAAAACGUCUGGAACAGCGAGCCGAAAAGCUCGCAACACGGGAGAAGAGGAUAGAACAGAGGAAAAUUGAAGUCGAGCUGCUGCGUGAAUUAAGAAAACCGGUUGAAGACAUGGAACUGACUGAUUCCAAACCUUUGCCCAAGAUGUCAAGGAUACCGGGUCUGAAGCUUAGCGGUCAAGCAUUCGCGGAUACGCUUUUAGUCUACGAGUUCCUUAGAAAUUUCGGGGAGACUUUAGGCUUUGAUAUGGAGUCUCUCCCAACUCUCAACUCUCUCCAAGACGCCUUAUUGGGAGCCAAUGAAGACGCCGAGGAGGAGUUAUUGUCUGUGAUAACCCAGCUUGUGAUAUGUGGAAUCGAGGAUCCAGGAAUACCUCAUCCUGCCAGGCACACGACAAUACUCUGUCACAGUCUGAAGCAGGCCGACAUUUCUCAUAGUAAUUUAAGUGAAAUUCUAAGGAUAUAUUUAUAUGCUAAUGCUACAGGCGAACUCAAAGCAACGACAGGUGUACAUUUUGAAAGGGAAAGAGAAAAGAGAGUAACAGAACACCAUAACAACAUGAACGAGCUGGUGGAAGAGACCUCUGGCAAAAACUCCGCCUUUUUUGCCCUCCUUAAAGAGAACACGACAUUCAAGAUGUCUGAAUGGCUGAAAAAGCGGCCUUUCCUUUCGCUCAACCCCACAAAGAAGGCGGCGAUUUUAGCAUUCCUGUGCCAUGAACUACUUCAAAACAAAGCUGUGAUAAGGCAGAUCGAUUCUGCGAUUGAUACGGUAGCUCAACUCAAGAGAGAAAGAUGGCCUAUUGAAGCUAACCUGAGGAAAUUGAAACAUAUACAAGCUAGAAAGAACAAAGCGAUCGGGUCCGUGGGUGAAAAACCAGAAGUGGUCAAUGAGGAAGAAGCCGAGGUUGAAAGCUGCAAUGAGAGUGAUAUCACACAACCAGAAGAGGAUGAACUGGCGAAGAUGAAUAUUGGUGAAACCUUGGCUGUUGUGAGUAAACAGUCUGAAGUGAAUACAAAAGCACUAGCUGAUUACACAUCCCAGUUAAGAUCAUCUUGCAUAGGGCAGGAUAGAUUUUGUAGGAGGUACUGGUGCCUAAGUACCGGGAUUUAUGUUGAAGCUAUUGAAUCUGGUGAUCCAGAACUAUAUUAUAAACCUAGCUCGCCGUCAGUAAAAGAUGAAGAAGAGGAGGAAGACGAAGACAAGAAAGAUGAAGCGAUGGAAGUGAAAUCAGAACCAGAUGAGGAACAUGAAUCAGUCGAUAAUGAUGAACUUCAUGUAGAUGGUGAUGAAAAGAUGGACACAUCGGAGACUGAACCACCUAAAUCUGAAGACCUCAAGGAGGAACCUUUGAAAGAAGAAAAUUCUCCAGUUAAAGAAGAAGUGAAAGAAGAGGUCAAAGCACCACAGCGAGUCCUACAGUUUGAAAGACUCGGAGAAUGCAUGGAAAAAGAGUCAAACGCUGUAAAUGGAAUCCACCACACCAAUAAUGUGAGUCAUGAUGACGUCCAAUGGUUCAGUAUCCUUCCCAAAGACCCUUGUGACUCGACAAGUAUCACUAAUUCACAACCGGGGUACAGGUGCUGGUCUGAUACAAGCGGUGAAUUGAGAAUCCCGCAGCUGCAGUACGGCUCGCCGUCUCCAUGUCCUUCUCCUCUACCGCUGCCUCUUUCUGCUGAUGAAGUUGCAUUGCUUGAACAUUGUAAGACGCAUGGCCUGCCUAAACCUGGAAAGCCGAUACCAAUUUCCCAAGAUUUGAGACAAGGUUGGUGGAAGAUCUCAAUGCCAAUGAUGAAAGAGGUCGUAGCCAACCUGGAUCCAAGAGGCGUAAGGGAGCGCGAAUUUAUGGCCAGCAUCACGAGACUGAGAACCGACCAUACCUGGGAUUCCACUCUAUUGGCAAGCACAAGCGGGGACCCAACAAAGUCCGAUUUCAAGCAAGAAGAAGACUGCCCUGAGGAUUUUGUAUCUAACGUGGACAGUCCGGAUGACUGGAGUGAAGAAACGGCCCUCAGGAUUGACUUGGCAAUUCUCACUCAAGUCGAAGCGCUUGAAGAAAAAGUCGCAUCUGCCAGUAUGCAGCUAAAGGGAUGGAAAGUUCCUCCGAAAGCUUCGUCGAGUGGAAUUGAAUUUAAGCCAGCUUGUAUAGCGCCAAGUCCAUCUGUGAACCCCGUUGCUGUGGCGAAAGAGAGACUCUCUCAGCUGUUUGACAAUAUCGAGAAACGCUACCUCAAACCGCCGCUUGGCGCAAACACGGGAGACCUGAAACUGGCGGCGAGUUGCAACAAUGUCGAUGAAGGGGAAGGUAGCCGCGAUUGCAAGGGACUUGUAAUUUGGAAGGAAGCCCUUCAGAAAUCGCAGACUUCGGCUCAGCUUUCUAUGGUCCAGCAUGCUCUUGAAGCCAGCAUCGCUUGGGACAAGUCCAUAAUGAAAGCCGUGAGUCCUCAACAAAAUGCCCCUACUAACUGUCAGUUUUGUCAUUCUGGUGACAACGAAGAUAAACUACUCCUUUGUGACGGCUGUGAUAAAGGUUAUCAUACGUAUUGCUUUAAACCAAAAAUGGAAAAUAUCCCUGAAGGAGACUGGUUUUGUCACCAGUGUUUGAACAAAGCCAAGGGCGAAAAGAACUGCAUCGUCUGCGGAAAGAAAGUCGGGAGGAAUCUCCUCGCCUGCGAAGCCUGUCCCAUCGCCUACCACACUGACUGCAUGACACCUCCGUUGAACAAGGUUCCAAGAGGGAAGUGGUACUGUACAAAUUGUGCUUCAAAGCACACAAAGAAGAAGACGAGAAGGUCGCAGAAUACGCAGAACAACUCGCUUAGUCCUGUCAAACCCGAGGAGCUUACAAAUUCGACCGAAAGCCUCCCUGUGGCUCUGCCAGCAGAAGAAGAAACGCCUCCACCUGCUAAAAAAGAAAAAUCGUCUAAAAAGCUGAACAAAGACCUGGCUCCCUGCCACCAGAUACUGGAAGACCUCCAGUCCCACGAUGAAUCUUGGCCUUUUCUCCUUGCUGUCAACACAAAACAGUUUCCGACUUACAAAAAAAUCAUAAGGAACCCGAUGGACCUUCAGACCAUUGCAAAACGGCUGAACCACAACGAAUAUAAAUCUAAAGAGGAAUUCGUUUCUGAUGUUCGGCUGAUCUUUGAUAACUGCGAGACUUUCAACGAGGACAACUCACCAGUGGGCAAAGCGGGCCAUUCUCUCCGACUGUAUUUUGAGACGCGGUGGGCCGAGUUGCUUGCAGCUAAGAGUGCAACUUAAAUUUUCCCAUAUGUGAUAUGUCCACUUAAGAAAUUUUCUUGUGUCUUCAAUGUAUACUGGCAUUUUUGUGAAUUCAUUAGUUUCGGAUGCAAACGCAAUAUGUUUUUAUCGUUACUUAGUAAAUUUUGGUGUUCCGAUAUUUGAUUAUUUGCACUUAACAAGCACAGCGAUGGAUGUCGAUCGUACAAUUUUAACGAAUGCAGUUUUGUUGUUAACUAUUUUUGUACAUUUAAGAUGUUUACUUGGUGUUGAUGAGAUUUGAAUUAUUAAUUAUUGAUAGUUUGUCUAAAAUAUUUUAUUCACUAGCAAUGGAUACACGUUUCUUCAAAAAAGUAAUUGUCGCCCACUUUGUCCACGAUUAGUUUUUUUAUUAAUUAGCUAUUACUCAUAUUUAGAUCUCAUCAUGUCUAUUUUUUUCAAUACUAUUCUAAGUGUUCUCAUUCCAUUUAAGUAUUCGCUGUACUAUAUGGAUGUUUUAUCUCAGACGAGUCAAACAAUUUUAAAAGAUGUACAAUGCCACUAAAUUAGUAGUUGACAAUUUGUAAAUCGAUGUUUAAAAAUCUUUGAAAUUUGGUGUUUUCUCUGAAUUACAUUUUUCUAGACUUUAGAAAUCACUUUUUCUGGUGACUGUUAAAUGUUUGUGAUUAAAUAAUGCUGCCAAAUGUAAGCCAAGCAAAAUUAUCAUUCCAAAUGUUUCUUUUUCAAUUAUUUCAAUAAAAAAUGUAUAAAAAUUAGUUUAUUAAUUUGAAAAGUCAGUAUUUUGUAUUAUUUUUGUUGAUUGUUCUAAAACCUAAAUUUGGUUUAUUCAGUUAAAAAAAGAAAACUUGUACAUGAAGUAUUAAUGAGUAUUGAUCACCUUUUGUUGAAAUAUAUUUCAAGACAGACUAUAUUUGAGUAUAAUCAAACUUUUAUAAGUGAGUAAAUAUUUUGUAAAUAUAAUUUAUUUUUAAUGUUGUAAGAACUGACUUAGUUUAUUAGUAACCACAAGGAAUAAAACUAUUUAUUACUUUUGUAUUUGCUUUUAUAGUCCCAAAGGAACAGCCGAUGUUUCUUAAAUUCAUAGAUUAUUUUUCUGUUGUAAAUUUUAAUUGCUUUUACGCAUGUAUAUUAAAUUGGCAAAUCACUUGUAUUUUUUCAUUGUACAUAGUGGGUACUACCUCUGUAAAAGUUAUGUGCCUCUAGGAUAAUUAAUGUAUAAUUAAUUGAUAUAUAUGUAUAUCUAUACGAUGAUCCGGUCCGUCCUGAACUUAAUUAAGUAGCUUGUAAUUCACCAAUUUUUUUAUAUGAUUACACCCGAGUAAAAACGACUUUGGAUUUUUUAAGUUCUUCACGGACCGUCUUACAUUGAAAACAGGUAUUAGGUCGUUAGUGUUCUCUUGAUGUAAGGUUGAUAAAUUACUUAUAGUUCUCAUAUUUUAUCAAAGAUUUUUCCAUUUUUCUUUUUUUUUUGCCCUUUUUUUACAGUUUAUUUUUUCAUCGCUCUUGUUUUCCGUUUUGAAUCACAUUAUCGAAAAGUGAAAUAUUUUUAGAGUGAAGCCUGCAAACAGUCUUUCUACCAAAAUAUGUUAAAUAUAGCAAAGGCCUAUUUUUUUAUUUUCUGUACAAAUAUUAACGUUCAUUUUAAAUAUUUAAUUACAGUUAACACUUGAGGGGUAUUUUGAAUACCCCUGUUGUACAGACAAUAUUCUAUUUCAAAAAAAUCACAUUUAUAGUUUUAAGGUAGUUUGCAUACUACAUAAUAUUUGAAUGCGUGGUCGAUGUGUAUGACUUUUUGGGGCAAAUGGGAUUCACACGAACGGAGAGAAAAAAAAUUAAAAAAACAAAAAAAAUUAUAAAAUUCUUUUGGAUGGAAAAAAUGGAUAAAAUUUUAAAUAAUCUUUUAAACUAUUAUAUGUAACCCAUGACGUAACAUCCCUCACUACACAUUAAAUAUAUAAGUAUUUAAUUGAGGUUUAUUACUGUAAUUGUAAAUUAAAACAUUGGGUUCAUUAACAUAGUGUGUGUCUAUUUGAAAAUACUAUUGUAGCAGCCAUAAUAAUAGUUGGAGCUAUUAUUAUUAUUUAAAAAAAUUGUGUAAAUGUUUUUGAAGUCCAAUAUUAUGUUUGUAAAAUAACAUUGUAAUUCAUAUAAAGAAACUGUAAUAAUG